AUGGUUGCAUCAGAAGAAGCUCUGUUAGAUGCUGGCUGGCUGCCGAAGAGGGAUGAGGAUUUCGAGGCCACGGGCUAUCGCAAGGUCUCUCCGCUUUUCGUGCCCAGGCUGUUGAUCAACCUUGCUGCAGGCCAUGUUUCUAUGCGGCAUGGCUUCAAAGGCCCAAACCACGCGGCAACUACUGCCUGCACAACUGGUGCACAUAGUAUCGGUGAUGCCGCUCGCCUGAUCCAAUUUGGCGACGCAGAUGUCAUGGUCGCUGGAGGCGCCGAGUCUUGUAUACAUCCGCUCGCCAUCUCUGGAUUUGCACGAGCAAGAAGUCUGGCCACAGACUGGAACGAUUACCCAAUCGAAGCGAGUCGACCAUUCGACAAGGACAGAGCGGGGUUUGUUAUUGGCGAGGGUGCUGGUGUUGUUGUACUUGAGGUCUGUCAUCUAGAGUGUAUCAAUCCAUGA